AUGCUCCUGCGGGAUCCCCCCGCCACGCUGGUCUCCCCCUGGGAGCGCGGGGUGGUGCUGCUCUCCUGCGCCCUGUCGGUGCUGGGCUGCUGCCUGCUGCUGGGCACCCAGGCCCGCUGGCCGGAGCUCCGGACGCGGCCGCGCCAGCUGCUCUCCUGCCUCUCCGGGGCCGACCUGCUCUCCGCCGCCUCCUACGCCUACGGGGUGCUGAAGGACUUCGAGGCCUCGUCCUGGGACUGCGUGGCGCAGGGCGCCCUCUCCACCUUCGCCAACACCAGCUCCUUCUUCUGGACCGUGGCCAUCGCCCUGGACCUCUACUUCGCCAUAGUCCGCGGCUCCCCCGGCUCCGCCGGCUUGCUCGGCUUCUUCCACUUGGUGAGCUGGGGGGUUCCCCUUGGCAUCACCGCAGCCGCCGUGGCCUUGAAAAAAAUCGGUUACGACGCGUCAGAUGUCUCGGUGGGCUGGUGCUGGAUUGACAUCAAUGCAGAGGACCGGCUCCUUUGGAUGCUGCUGGCAGGGAAAUUGUGGGAAAUCCUCGCUUACGUGACCUUGCCGGUUUUUUACAUCCUGAUAAAGAAGCACAUCAACCGAGCGCACGCAGCCCUCUCCGAGUAUCGGCCCAUCUUGUCCAGGGCCCCAUCUUCCCACCCAGGAGCAGCAUCCGUGGCAGACAAGAAGCUGACCUUAAUCCCGAUUAUUUUCAUCUUUCUGCGUGUCUGGAGCACCAUCCGGUUUGUGCUGACCCUGUCCGGCUCUCCUGCAGACCAAAACUGGCUCCUGGUGGUGCUUCACGGAAUCGGAAACACUUUUCAAGGAGCUGCAAAUUGCAUCCUCUUUGUCUUUUGCACCCGAGUCGUCCGGAACAAACUGUUUUCUUCCUUGUGCUGCUGGCGAUACUCGAAUCCAGAGCCUCCUCCGCCGAGUUUGGAGACCAGCUUCCAGGCUGAGGCUCCCCUUUGCAAAGACUGGGAGCUGCGAGGCAGCCAUAGCACAGGGGCAGACGCAUCCAGCCCUUGAACGUGGCCUGUAUCGUGAUGGAAAUCACCCUUUUGCCUGGUGGGAUUCUCACCGUGAGUGUUUCUAGUUUG